CCAAAUCAGAGGUUUAGACUGAAUUAAUACAAUAUUUGGUUUAAUGAUCAACUGUAAUACGUCUUGUCGAACAGGAAGAGCUUAGCCUGUCCCCCUCCACCCUCCAGGAGUCCCCAGGUCAACCGCCUCUCCGUACUUUACUGCUGGUUCUGGUCGACUGCAGGAAAGCACCGGGGCAGACUGGAACUGAGAGAGGAGAAGAAAUGGAAGAUGGAGAUUUGAUUUCAUUAAGGGACAUCCCUAAUCGUUUCUCUCUAAGUGGGAGGGGCUUAUCGUCUGGGGAGCCUCAACAACAUCAUGAUGCUGACAAGAAAGAGAAGAGUCUCUCCAGAUCAGAACACCUCAAACACCAGCAUAGAGGUACAGGGAAGAAACCUCACCACUGCUCUGUCUGUGGGAAGAGUUUUGAUAAACAAGACUUGACAAAUCAUGAGCAAAUUCACACUGGAGAGAAACCGUUCCACUGCUCUCAGUGCGGGAAGAGUUUCACUGCAUCUAUAACUUUAAAAUCUCAUCAGAGAAUUCAUGCAGGGGAGAGGCCUUACCCCUACUUUGAUUGUUUGAAGCAUUUCUCACAAUCAGGAUUCCAGACUACACAAAAACACACAGGACCGCCUUAUAGCUGUGAUCAGUGUGGGAAGAGAUUCAAUCAAUUAGUACACCUGACUAUACACCAACGCAUACACACAGAAGAGAAGCCUUAUAGCUGUGAUCAGUGUGGGAAGAGAUUCAAUCAAUUAGUACACCUGACUAUACACCAGCGCAUACACACAGGAGAGAAGCCUUAUAGCUGUGAUCAGUGUGAGAAGAGUUUCAGGACGUCAGAUCACCUCACUAUACACCAACGCAUACACACAGGGGAGAAGCCUUAUAGCUGUGAUCAGUGUGGGAAGAGCUUCAAUCACUCAGGAGUCCUGACUAGACACCAACACAUACACACAGGAGAGAAGCCUUAUAGCUGUGAUCAGUGUGGGAAGAGCUUCAAUCAAUCAGGACACCUGACUAUUCACCAACGCAUACACACAGGAGAGAAGCCUUAUAGCUGUGAUCAGUGUGGGAAGAGCUUCAAUCAUUCAGGAUCCCUGAUUAUACACCAGCGCAUACACACAGGGGAGAAGCCUUAUAGCUGUGAUCAGUGUGGGAAGAGCUUCAAUCAAUCAGGAGACCUGACUAAACACCAACGCAUACACACAGGAGAGAAGCCUUAUAGCUGUGAUCAGUGUGGGAAGAUCUUCAAUCAAUCAGAUCACCUGACUAAACACCAACGCAUACACACAGGAGAGAAGCCUUAUAGCUGUGAUCAGUGUGGGAAGAGCUUCAAUCAAUCAGGAGACCUGACUAAACACCAACGCAUACACACAGGAGAGAAGCCUUAUAGCUGUGAUCAGUGUGGGAAGAGCUUCAAUCAAUCAGGACACCUGACUAAACACCAACGCAUACACACAGGAGAGUAGCCUUAGCUGUGAUCAGUGUGAGAAGUUUCAGGACGUCAGAUCACCUGACUAUACACCAACGCAUACACACAGGAGAGAAGCCUUAUAGCGGUGAUCAGUGUGGGAAGAGUUUCAAUCAAUCAGGACACCUGACUAAACACCAACGCAUACACACAGGAGAGAAGCCUUAUAGCUGUGAUCAGUGUGGGAAGAGCUUCAAUCAUUCAGGAUACCUGACAAGACACCAGCUCACACACACUGGAGAUAAACCUUACUCUUGUCUAUGUGGAAAAAGCUUUGCUCAUUCAGGGACACUGAAAAAACACCAGAAAUCACAAACAUGUUUUCUUUCAUCUCCCUCCUCUCUGGCACCGUUUCCAGAUCCCUAAAUAAAGUUUCAAUAGAAAACAUCUUGUAAAGAGUCAUCCAUUUCCCAUUCUCUAACUAAGUCUGAUUACCAUGGUAACCUGUGUAGCAUAAUAUGCAUCUCUGGAUCCAUAUUUAUCAAGCGUCUUGAAGUAGGAGUCCUGUGUGUGUGGUGGCGUGUUCAGAGCUGUAUCUAUUUCAUUAACUCCUACUAUCCUUUAAAUAAUAAUAGAAUAAUGUUUCAACAAUACUAGGUGUGUAUUCAGGAGAUCAAUAAAUGAAAUCCAUUAUCUGCUCAA